CUCUAAACGUUUCCUCCAUCAAGAGCGCUAAUAUUAGGAGGGACUGCUGCCCCAGCCACCCCUCCUGCGAUAGGCCUGACGCCAGCAUGAGACUCCAGUCUGGACCUCGACGCGGGGUGGGGACCGGCCAGGGAUGCAGUAUGCAGAGCCGGAGGCCGCCCCAUCGGUGCCUAGGGGAGCCCUUCGGGUCCACGGAACCCCCGCCAGGCGCCGGCCAACCCCAGCCCGAAGCCACCCUUCGCCCACAGGCCCAGAGGACGGGACACCUUGGCGGCGGGAUUACCCAAGGGGGCCGGGGAGGGCGGAGGAAACCUCCUUGGACCGGAAACACCGAGAACUGCUUCCGGGUCAGGGGGCAGAAGCCACCAUGGAACCUCUCCGGGUUGCGGGGCUGGCGGAACCGCGCGCCGGCGUCUGAGGCGAGCGAGGCGCUGCGCGGCCAGCGCCGCCGAUGACUCACUGGUUGUGUGGAAGGAAGUGGAUUUGACCAGACUGUCUGAGAAGGAACGUCGUGACGCCUUGAAUGAGAUUGUCAUUCUGGCGCUGCUGCAGCACGACAACAUUAUUGCCUACUACAAUCACUUCAUGGACAAUACCACCCUGCUGAUUGAGCUGGAGUACUGUAAUGGAGGGAACCUGUAUGACAAAAUCCUUCGUCAGAAGGACAAAUUGUUUGAGGAAGAGAUGGUGGUGUGGUACCUUUUUCAGAUUGUUUCAGCAGUGAGCUGCAUCCAUAAAGCUGGGAUCCUGCAUAGAGAUAUAAAGACAUUAAAUAUUUUUCUGACCAAGGCAAACCUGAUAAAACUUGGAGAUUAUGGUCUCGCAAAAAAACUUAAUUCUGAGUAUUCUAUGGCUGAGACGCUUGUGGGAACCCCAUAUUACAUGUCUCCGGAGCUCUGCCAAGGAGUAAAAUACAAUUUCAAGUCCGAUAUCUGGGCAGUAGGCUGUGUCAUUUUUGAACUGCUUACGCUAAAGAGAACAUUUGAUGCUACCAAUCCACUCAACUUGUGUGUGAAGAUCGUGCAAGGAAUCCGGGCCAUGGAAGUUGAUUCUAGCCAGUACUCUUUGGAACUGAUCCAGAUGGUCCACGAGUGCCUUGACCAGAAUCCUGAGCAGAGACCCACUGCAGAUGAACUUUUGGAUCGCCCCCUUCUCCGGAAACGCAGGAGAGAGAUGGAGGAAAAAGUCACUCUGCUUAAUGCACCUACAAAGAGACCAAGGUCAAGCACCGUGACUGAAGCACCCAUUGCUGUGGUAACCUCACGAACCAGUGAAGUCUAUGUUUGGGGUGGUGGGAAAUCCACCCCCCAGAAACUGGAUGUCAUCAAGAGUGGCUGUAGUGCUCGGCAGGUGUGCGCAGGGAAUACCCACUUCGCUGUGGUCACAGUGGAGAAGGAACUAUACACUUGGGUGAACAUGCAAGGGGGCACUAAGCUCCAUGGUCAGCUGGGCCAUGGAGACAAGGCUUCCUAUCGACAGCCAAAGAACAUGGAAAAUUUGCAAGGCAAAGCUAUCCACCAGGUGUUCUGUGGGGAUGAUUUCACAGUCUGUGUAACAGAUGAGGGUCAGCUGUAUGCCUUUGGAUCAGAUUAUUAUGGUUGCAUAGGGGUAGAUAAGAUUGCUGGCCCUGAAGUGCUAGAGCCCAUGCAACUGAACUUCUUCCUCAGCAAUCCAGUGGAGCAGGUCUCCUGUGGGGAUAAUCAUGUGGUGGUCCUGACACGAAACAAGGAAGUCUAUUCUUGGGGCUGUGGUGAAUAUGGACGACUGGGCUUGGAUUCAGAAGAGGAUUACUAUGUACCACAAAGGGUGGAUGUCCCCAAGGCUUUGAUUAUUGUUGCAGUUCAGUGUGGCUCUGAUGGGACCUUUCUGCUGACGCAGUCAGGCAAGGUGCUGGCCUGUGGACUCAAUGAGUUCAACAAACUAGGUCUGAACCAGUGCAUGUCGGGAAUUAUCAACCAUGAAGCUUACCAUGAAGUUCCCUACACAACCUCCUUCACCUUGGCCAAACAGUUGUCCUUUUAUAAAAUCUCUACCAUUGCCCCAGGCAAGACUCACACAGCUGCUAUUGACGAGCGAGGCCGUCUGCUGACGUUUGGCUGCAAUAAGUGUGGGCAGCUGGGUGUUGGGAAUUACAAGAAGCGCCUGGGAAUCAACCUGUUGGGAGGACCCCUCGGCGGGAAGCAAGUGAUCAGGGUCUCCUGCGGUGAUGAGUUCACAAUCGCUGCCACUGACGACAACCACAUUUUUGCCUGGGGCAAUGGUGGAAAUGGGCGCCUGGCAAUGACCCCCACUGAGAGACCACAUGGCUCUGAUAUCUGCACCUCGUGGCCUCGGCCUAUUUUUGGAUCUCUGCAUCAUGUGCCGGACCUGUCUUGCCGCGGCUGGCACACCAUCCUCAUCGUUGAGAAAGUAUUGAAUUCUAAGACCAUCCGUUCUAAUAGCAGUGGCCUCUCCAUUGGAACGGUGGUCCAGAGCUCCAGCCCAGGAGGUGGUGGUGGUGGUGGUGGCGGUGGGGGUGAGGAAGAGGACAGUCAGCAGGAGUCUGCAACUCCUGAUCCAAGUGGAGGCUUUCGAGGAACAAUGGAAGCAGACCGAGGAAUGGAAGGUUUCAUCAGUCCCACGGAGGCCAUGGGGAAUAGUGGCGGGGCCAGCAGCUCCUGUCCUGGCUGGCUUCGAAAGGAGCUGGAAAACGCAGAGUUCAUCCCCAUGCCAGACAGCUCAUCUCCCCUCAGUGGCGCGUUCUCCGAAUCCGAGAAGGACACCUUGCCCUAUGAAGAGCUGCAAGGACUCAAAGUGGCCUCCGAAGUGCCGGUGGAGCCCCAGCCCCCCACAGGAGCCUGGCUACCCCGGCUGACUGCUGCAGUACCUUGUACUGGGAAGGGAGCACCAGUGACUCCUGCCUGUGCAUGUAGCACUCUGCAGGUGGAGGUUGAGAGAUUGCAGGGUCUCGUGUUAAAGUGUCUGGCUGAACAACAGAAGCUACAGCAAGAAAACCUCCAGAUUUUUACCCAACUACACAAGCUGAAUAAGAAAUUAGAAGAAGGGCAGCAGGUGGGGAUGCAUUCCAAAGGAACUCAGACAGCAAAGGAAGAGAUGGAAAUGGAUCCAAAGCCUGACUUAGAUACAGACUCCUCCUGGUGCCUCCUGGGAACAGAGUCCUGUCGAUCCAGCCUCUAGUCUCCUGAGCCUGCAGAGCCCCCAGGAAACUGGGACCCAAAGAACUUCACAGCACACUUACUGAAUGCAGAGAGCAGCUUCCCUGGCUUUGUUCACUUGCAGACAAGGAGCAUAAGGCAGAGGCGCUGAAGCACUUUCCUUGUACGUUUGGAGAGUGGCAUUGCCUUUUAGAUAGGAUCUAGAGUGAGUUUUCUUGUUUUGGAGAAUGGAAGGGCCUUGUAGGCCUGGCUUUGUCAUCAGUGACUGCCAUAGCAACAGCAGCUCUGUACCUCAUGUGUUGAUCCCACCUUUGAAGAAGAGACGCAGUGCUCACUUUAAUUGCGCUGGUAGCAACUCAUAUCCCACUUAUCAUUUUCACCAUUGAUUCUAAGGUGCCUUGGGAAUUCAGCACCAGGCAUUGCACCUCUGGGUGAGGAGGGAAAGUGUAAAUCUGGAGUGGGCUGGGAUCGGGCACAGCCUGUCCAGGGCUCUCUGGAGAAUGGUAAAGUAUCCUGAGCCCUCUCAGACGCCCUGAGUUCAGGAAAAUUUGUGUGGUGGAAUCAAUGUAGGAUGCAUUUUCAGAAAGUUCAGUUACUUCAUGCAGCUAAAUGCUCCAGGGGAAAAAGCAUGUUUGGACUGUUUUUCCUCUGAAGGUUGGUAAGAUGUCUUUAAUGCGAAGUAGAAGAACAGAUCAUCCUCAGCACACAGUGGCCAGGUCAGGGUGGGAUUUCUCAGCUCUGAAAAAAGGAAGGAGUGUCUCAGAGAUUUGAGCCAGGCACCUUAGGCAAGGGCCUCAGGAGAAGACUGAGAGGGAGAGGAGCACCUCCUUCAGUGCUUCUACCUGGCUGGAUCACUAAGUCUCCUGCCCCAGGAGGGCUUCUUGUGCCUCUGCCUUCCUGGCUCUUAGGAGUCUGAUCUUGACAUCAGCAGCCCCAGCCCCUCCCUCUCUGUAUGUUUAGUCAGUAUUUCUCUCCUUUUGGUGUUUUUUGAAGCCAUGUCAUAACCAGUGAAUCUGUAUCAUCUUCCCUAUUCACGUGGCCCAAACCAGCACUGAACCCCAGGGUUCCUAGAACCCUAACACAACAGGUAGAACCUGCCAAGUGAAAGAAAUGUGGCUGCAGUUUUUUUUUUUUUUUUUUUGGUCUUUUUGAGACAGGGUUUCACUACACAGU